AUGGAAAGGCUCAAAUCCCAUGAGGUCCACAUUAAUCCCUAAAAGGGGCACUUGAAAAAUUCAGAAGUCGGUUUCCUACGUUUCAAACGAUGCAUUCGUCUGGACGACCCAAAAUCCUGAUCUAGAGCUGGUCGAACCGCCCAUCUUGGUUGGAUUUCAAAAAAGAACUUUUUUUUAAAUUUCAUUUCCAGGCUUCGAUCAAUAGUAACUACCUAUGUUUCGGUCGAAAUGUAAGUCCCCGAAAAUGCGGAUUUACUCGGGAAAAUUCCAGGUAAACCGCCCACCUGAACGUCGGCAAGUCAUCGUUUGCAAUCAUGGCGACUUCCCAUUGGCCUAUAAAAUCAUGACAACCGAUAAUUAUUCGUAUUUUGUCGAUCAGGUGAUCAUAUUGGAUGUUUCUCAUGUUAGCUCAUGGUUGCACAGGUUUUUGGCGUCAUUCCGGCCAGUCGACUGCAAGGUCAUCCUUUUGUUCGAUGUCAACCGAUGGUCACUAUUCAUGUAAAGAUUUUUUUUUUAAUUUUUGGGGUUGCGUCGCGGUCGCGUUGCGGCUAAAGUUAGGCUUUUAGCCAUGUCAAAUGCGACCAAAGUUUCCCAUAGGGGAAUGAUAAAGAGAUCCAUAAAUGGGACUGAAGCAAGAAAAAAAGGUCAUCCUUUCAUUCGAUGUCAGCCGAUGGUCACUAUUCAUGUGAAGAUUUUUAAUUUUUUUGGGGUUGCGUCGCGGUCGCGUUGCGGCUAAAGUUAGGCUUUUUAGCCAUGUCAAAUGCGACCAAAGUUUCCCAUAGGGGAAUGAUAAAGAGAUCCAUAAAUGGGACUGAAGCAAGAAAAAAAGGUCAUCCUUUCAUUCGAUGUCAGCCGAUGGUCACUAUUCAUGUGAAGAUUUUUUAAUUUUUUGGGGUUGCGUCGCGGUCGCGUUGCGGCUAAAGUUAGGCUUUUAGCCAUGUCAAAUGCGACCAAAGUUUCCCAUAGGGGGAAUGAUAAAGAGAUCCAUAAAUGGGACUGAAGCAAGAAAAAAAGGUCAUCCUUUCAUUCGAUGUCAGCCGAUGGUCACUAUUCAUGUGAAGAUUUUUUUUUUAAUUUUUGGGGUUGCGUCGCGGUCGCGUUGCGGCUAAAGUUAGGCUUUUAGCCAUGUCAAAUGCGACCAAAGUUUCCCAUAGGGGAAUGAUAAAGAGAUCCAUAAAUGGGACUGAAGCAAGAAAAAAAGGUCAUCCUUUCAUUCGAUGUCAGCCGAUGGUCACUAUUCAUGUGAAGAUUUUUUUUUUAAUUUUUGGGGUUGCGUCGCGGUCGCGUUGCGGCUAAAGUUAGGCUUUUAGCCAUGUCAAAUGCGACCAAAGUUUCCCAUAGGGGAAUGAUAAAGAGAUCCAUAAAUGGGACUGAAGCAAGAAAAAAAGGUCAUCCUUUCAUUCGAUGUCAGCCGAUGGUCACUAUUCAUGUGAAGAUUUUUUUUUUAAUUUUUGGGGUUGCGUCGCGGUCGCGUUGCGGCUAAAGUUAGGCUUUUAGCCAUGUCAAAUGCGACCAAAAGUUUCCCAUAGGGGAAUGAUAAAGAGAUCCAUAAAUGGGACUGAAGCAAGAAAAAAAGGUCAUCCUUUCAUUCGAUGUCAGCCGAUGGUCACUAUUCAUGUGAAGAUUUUUUUUUUAAUUUUUGGGGUUGCGUCGCGGUCGCGUUGCGGCUAAAGUUAGGCUUUUAGCCAUGUCAAAUGCGACCAAAAGUUUCCCAUAGGGGAAUGAUAAAGAGAUCCAUAAAUGGGACUGAAGCAAGAAAAAAAGGUCAUCCUUUCAUUCGAUGUCAGCCGAUGGUCACUAUUCAUGUGAAGAUUUUUUUUUUAAUUUUUGGGGUUGCGUCGCGGUCGCGUUGCGGCUAAAGUUAGGCUUUUAGCCAUGUCAAAUGCGACCAAAGUGUUUCAAUGGAAGUAUUGGUAAAUUUUUAUGAGAUCUAGAAAUUUAAAGCGAAAAAAACCUUGCCUUGGCUCAAGCUCAUUAAAAACUUUGGAAAAACGAAUAUUUUCAGGUUAAUUGUCGACCUUUGAGCUGUUAUCCAGACGAGCAACAAGGAAAACAUUACAAUACGUUUGUUUUUUAAAUUGGGACGUCAAAAUUUUUCAAAAAAAUGUUCAAAACAAUUUUGCGGCGAUUCCACUCAUUUUUUCAGUGCGUGGGAUGAAAAACGAAAGAUGAAAAGUAGUUAAAAGUCGGGCGCAGAUUCAGGCGGGACUUGUCCAUUUUUCCCGCCCUUAGGAGCUUCAGAAUGGUCACUAUAGGGCAACCUUAGGGCCCCUUGAAGAUCCCUCUCUAGGGAACAAGUUACCAACCUCAAUAGGCGACUAAAGUUCGCAAAACUGGUCCCUAGAGGGGUUUCAGUUAGUGGCCUCUAUAGGGGACAUGCUAGUCGAUAAUUGUCAUGAACUCGAAGCGUAGAAGCAUUUCCAUGGAAUAACUGAAAAAAAAAAUGCGUUUUUUGAAUGAAAUUUAGAGACCCCUAUAGGGUCCACUUGAGCUUUAGGGGCUCAUUAAAUCCCUAAGUGGAUCACUUUUUCGGCCCCUCCAGGGGUUGUUUUCUUCCCUAACCACUGUAGGGACCACUUUAUAGGAAAAAAAAGUUUCAAGCUCAAUCCUCAAUUUUUAACAAGAACCCGCCCAAACUUCACUUUUUUUUCUUCCAGACCUCGAAAAGACAAACUUUUCAUCCUUCUGGCCCCCUACAUGAACAGUUCCUUCACGCCUGAGGCCAUUUUUCACAACGAGCGAUGUUAUGAGAAGCUCCGAGUUCUGCUCAACUUCACCGGAAGGCCUCCAGACCCGGAUAAUCGAUGUGAUUAUAUCGGAAGAUAUUCAAGAAAAUCUCGGAAAUUGAAGCGAAAUCGUUCCUGAUCCGUUCUGUGAGAGGCUGGGCGACUUGGGAGGUUCAGGAGCGGGGCGAUCGUUGCGACGGAAUGCAUAAAUGUUAGUGACGUCAUUUUAUCGAUUUUGUGACGUCAGAGUUUGAGAAAAAUCCUGGAGGAUGACUUGUUUAUCACUAUAGUCUGUUCUGAUUCCAAUUUUCAAGUUCUCGCUCAAGCUCCGCCCCCUAAUGGCGUGAUAAACCAAUCAGAGAGCGAGCCAUCUACCGAGCGUUUUCAAAUGACGUCAUUCAAAAAUCUGAACGGACUAUAACCGAACUUUAUUGAUUUGCUAAAAAUCGUUCUUGAAUAUGACGACGUCAUUGCAGUGAAAGGGAUUCUGGAGAAACAGCAGCGAAAAUUGAAAGAUUCUCGGGACAAGACGCCGAAGAAUUCACCGAGAAAGACACCGACGAAAGUUCGCGGCGAAAAAUCGCGAUCCAAAGCUGAAAGGUGGUCUUUUUCUCAGAAUAUCCUUGCUGGAAUAUCCACUUUUUCAGAGCUUCCAAAAAAGACCAAAAACCGUCCAAUAAACAGGAAUCGCAGAAAAACGCCGGGCAAGGGUAAUUUUUCUGCAUUUAUGACGUCUUUUUGCAAGAAAAAUGACGUCAUUCUAUAGAUAACUUCGAGUGAUCACAUCCUUUUACACAAAAAAUGUACACCGCUUUUCUCUAAUUUUUUUUCAAUUUUUAUCAAGUCUUGACGUCAUUUUUGAUUCUAUAUUAAAGGCGCAUGUUCACUGGCUCAUGAGACGAAUCGUUUUUUAUUGAAAUUUUUUGUUGCCGUGUCCAAAGUGAUUCCGUGAAAUUCAAAAUAGCCGCCAAAAAGUGUAAAAUUUAACUGAAUUUUGCGAAAAUUACUUUUAACGCGUGUGCGAGAGCGCCGCGGAGCAUGCACACUAUACACUAAACUUUACGGACAAAAAAAAAAUUCAGGCGGGGCGUCGCUAAAAAACGCCGUAAUAUAAUUUCGAAGGAAAUCAUGAUUGUCUCAAAAAAAAUUUUCCGUUUCAAAUCAGCUUUUUCUUUGGAAUGUCCAUUUUUUCAGAGCUUCCAAAAAAGACCAAAAACCGUCCAAUAAACAGGGAUCGCAGAAAAACGCCGGGCAAGGGUAAUUUUUCUGCAUUUAUGACGUCAUUUUGCAAGAAAAAUGACGUCAUUUUAUAGAUGGCUUCUGACGUUGUGUUUUAAUGCUAUCUUUGAGUGAUGACAUCAUUUUCAACAGAAAUUUGAACCAAUUUUUCAUCAAUUAUUUCAAUUUUCACAACUUCGUGACGUCAUUUUCGAAUUCUAUAUUAAAGGCGCAUGUUCACUGGCUCAUGAGACGAAUCGUUUUUUUUUUUGUUGCCUUUUUUUUGUUGCACGCGAUUUUUUGUUGCCGUAUUCAAAGUGAUUCCGCGAAGUUCAAAAUAGCCGUCAGAAAAUGAAAAUUAUAACUGAAUUUCGAGAAAAUUACUUUGAACGCAUGUGCGAGAGCGCCGCGGUGCAUGCACACUAUACACUAAACCUCACGGACAAAAAAAUUAUGGGCCCCGCGUCGCUAGAAAAAAAACGCUGUGAUAUCCUUUUAAAGGAGUCAUUAUUGUAUCAAAAAUUUUAUUUUUUCCGCUAAAAAUCAGCUUUUGUUUUGGAAUGAUGUCAGUCAGGUGAUGAAGAUUUUUCGAUUCCUUCCAUAUUCUUUAAAUUCCAUACAAUUUUUCGCCCAAAGAAUUUUUCUUGCUGAAAAAUCCCAUUCCGUGUUGGAAACCUAAAAAUUUCAGUUCUGACCCGAAAACGGUUUCGGCCCGGCCCCCCACGCCGGAAUUCACGCAAACUAUGAAUAGUCUCGUCGAAGCGUGAGUUUCUUUUUUCUUCUGUUGACCAAGUCGUUUGCCUGUAUUUCAGAAAAACACAAUCAGAUUCACAGAGCCAAAGCCCAUUCAACGCGAAUUCUUGA